UCUCAUCCAUAUUCCAAGCAUCCAUGCCGUCAUCUCUAUUCAUCUGAACGCGGCGUAGAUAACAAUUUUGUGUUUACGGUUUCGGAUCUUAAUUCAUCCAAUGCUGACUAAUCGUGCAACACUCAUCCAACUACUCCGCAACUCAAUCCUCAAUGCGAAAACCCUAACAACCACCGCCACCGCGACCUCUUCUAACCGGGACGAGUACUUCACGGCAAUCCACCACGUGUCGAACAUCGUGCGGAAGGACUUCUACAUGGAGCGAACCCUUAACAAGCUCCGAAUAACCGUCACGCCGGAGCUGGUUUUCCGCGUCCUUCGCUCCUGCUCUAACUCCCCCGAUGAGUCCCUCCGCUUCUUCAACUGGGCCUGCUCCCACCACUCCACCUCCUACACCCCGACCUCCGUGGAGUUCGAACAACUCCUCAACACUCUCGCCCGCCACAAAAACUACAACACCAUGUGGAAACUCAUCCACCAGUUCAAGAACCCUAGCAACAGCACCGGCUCCAGCACCAUGUCCCUCUCCACCGAUGCCGUCUCCUCCAUCAUCGAAUGCUAUGGCACUCACCGCCUCGUUGACCAGGCUGUCCAGGUCUUUAACAAGUCGCCUUCACUCUUCAACUGUCCCCAAACUGUUGCCAUCUACAACUCCCUCCUCUUCGCCCUCUGCGAGUCCAAGCUCUUCCACGGCGCAUACGCCUUAAUCCGCCGCAUGAUCCGCAAGGGCGUCUCCCCCGACAAGAGGACCUAUUCCACCCUUGUCAAUGCCUGGUGCUCCAAUGGGAAAAUGCGUGAGGCGCAGCAGUUCUUAAAGGAAAUGAGCGAUAAUGGAUUCAAUCCUCCCGUUAGGGGCAGAGACCUUCUUGUCGAGGGGCUGUUAAACGCAGGCUACUUUGAAUCUGCUAAGGAAAUGAUGAGGAAGAUGGUGAAGGAGGGCUCUGUCCCUGAUGUGGAAACGUUCAAUGUAUUGGUGGAAUCUGUGUGCAGAACAGGGCAAGUUGAGUUCUGUGUUGGGUUGUUUCGCGAAGUGUGUCGGUUGGGGAUGGUGCCCGAUGUUAACACCUACAAGAUUCUGAUUCCGGCUGUGUCAAAGGCCGGGUUGAUGGACGAGGCGUUUAGGCUGUUGCAUAAUUUGGUUGAGGAUGGGCACAGGCCAUUUCCUAGCUUGUAUGCUCCGAUCAUUAAGGCAUUGUGUAAGAGGGGACAGUUUGAUGAUGCGUUUUGCUUCUUUGGCGACAUGAAAGCGAAAGGGCAUCCCCCUAAUAGGCCUGUGUAUACCAUGCUGAUAACAAUGUGUGGUCGCGGAGGGAGGUUUGUGGAUGCUGCUAAUUACUUGAUGGAGAUGACUGAGAUGGGAUUGGUGCCAAUAUCAAGGUGUUUUGAUAUGGUUGCUGAUGGGUUGAAGAAUUGUGGGAAGCAUGAUCUGGCCAAGAGGGUGGAACAGCUGGAGGUUUCGAUCCGUGGGGUUUGAUGGAUCUGAGAGUCAGAAGCUUCCUUAUCAUUCAUUGUGGUGGCUGGUUAGCUUCCCUGCUUGCUUGUGGCAGAUAUGAUGCUAGCUGCAUACAUUGAUUGUAGCUAGCAGGGUGUUGGAAC